ACGCAGCCGCCGUCGGCGGAGCGCCUGUUGAGAAGCGACCCCAGACGGAGCUUCUGUAGUCCCUCCGCCCCCACUUCGCCCGGUCUCGGAGCCUUAGUCCUCCCCGCUGCCUUCCUGGUGGCCAUGGAGUGUCCGCACCUCAGUUCCAGCGUCUGCAUCGCUCCGGACUCAGCCAAGUUCCCCAACGGCUCCCCGUCGUCCUGGUGCUGCAGCGUGUGCCGCUCCAACAAAAGCCCCUGGGUCUGUUUGACUUGUUCAAGUGUCCACUGCGGAAGGUAUGUGAAUGGCCAUGCAAAAAAACAUUAUGAAGAUGCACAAGUACCCUUAACCAACCAUAAAAAAUCAGAAAAGCAAGAGAAAGCUCAGCACACAGUGUGUAUGGAUUGCAGUAGCUACAGUACAUAUUGUUAUCGUUGUGAUGAUUUUGUGGUGAAUGACACCAAGCUGGGACUGGUACAGAAAGUCAGAGAACACUUACAGAACUUGGAAAACUCAUCUUUCACAGCUGAUAGGCAUAGAAAAAGAAAAAUCUUGGAAAACUCGUCACUAAACAGCAAGCUCUUAAAAGUAAAUGGAAGCACCACUGUCAUUUGUGCUACAGGACUACGUAAUUUGGGGAACACGUGUUUCAUGAACGCCAUCCUUCAGUCCCUCAGUAACAUUGAGCAGUUUUGCUGUUAUUUCAAAGAACUGCCCGCUGUGGAAUUAAGGAAUGGGAAAACAGCAGGAAGGCGAACAUACCACACCAGGAGCCAAGGAGAUAACAAUGUGUCUCUGGUGGAAGAGUUUAGAAAGACGCUCUGUGCGCUGUGGCAAGGCAGCCAGACUGCAUUUAGCCCAGAGUCCUUAUUUUAUGUUAUUUGGAAGAUUAUGCCAAAUUUUAGGGGCUAUCAGCAGCAGGAUGCCCAUGAGUUCAUGCGCUACCUUCUGGACCACCUUCACUUAGAGCUCCAAGGAGGCUUCAAUGGUGUUUCCCGCUCAGCAGUUCUGCAGGAGAAUCCUACUCUUUCUGCAAGUAACAAGUGUUGCAUAAAUGGGGCAUCUACUGUUGUCACGGCUAUAUUUGGAGGCAUUCUGCAGAAUGAGGUUAACUGUCUGAUAUGUGGGACAGAAUCUAGAAAGUUUGACCCAUUCCUAGACCUUUCAUUAGAUAUUCCAAGUCAGUUCAGAAAUAAGCGCUCUAAGAAUCAAGAAAAUGGACCAGUUUGUUCACUACGAGAUUGUCUCCGCAGUUUUACUGACUUAGAAGAACUUGAUGAAACAGAGUUAUAUAUGUGCCACAAAUGCAAAAAGAAGCAAAAAUCCACAAAAAAGUUUUGGAUUCAAAAGUUACCCAAGGUGCUAUGCUUACAUUUGAAAAGGUUUCACUGGACAGCAUACUUAAGAAACAAAGUUGACACAUAUGUAGAAUUUCCCCUGAGAGGUCUAGACAUGAAAUGCUACUUGUUAGAGCCCGAGAACAGCGGCCCUGAGAGCUGCCUCUAUGACCUGGCCGCCGUGGUGGUACACCAUGGUUCUGGAGUCGGCUCUGGGCAUUAUACAGCGUUUGCCACCCACGAAGGUCGCUGGUUCCAUUUCAAUGACAGUACUGUAACCCUGACUGAGGAGGAGACCGUGGGGAAGGCAAAGGCCUACAUCCUGUUCUAUGUGGAACGCCAGGCCAAGGCUGCACCCGAGAAACUUUAAUACCUCUUCUAAGUCAUUACUCAUCAACUAUACCGGACAAACAUUUCCAGUUUUCCAUAAAUACUUGAUCCAAGAUUUAAUUUCAUUAUGCACUUUUCAAUUUCCUGUUUUGGAUUUAAUUUUGUCAGUGAUAGUGACUUAUUAUUGAACAUGGGCACCAACUAAUUUUUUUUUUUUUUUUUAGUUUUACCAGAAAACCUCAGCAGACAUUUUGAUUUGCUGCUUUUAGUUGUAAUAAUUCAGUUUUUAUAAGUAGUUUCAAGAACUUAGUUCUAUUUGACCUUUUUAUAUUAAUGUUUUCAGUUCUCACUCUGAGGCACAUUUACACCAAUGCUUUUGUUACCCUCACACUGAAAGCAAUAGACGUGCCCGACUGUGAGGAGCAACGUACUGCCUGCUGCCUUCCCCGGCUGUGACGGAGGUCAGGUGCUGCGGGACCCAGGAUCACGUGUGCACAGCACUU